GUCUUUAUGGAUUGUAUGUAAUGUGCUUCCAAGCUAAAUAUUGGACCACUCUAUGGGUUUUCGUCUUCGGUUACAUAAGUAUUAUUGGUGUUUCUGCUGGUGCUCAUCGAUUGUGGUCACAUCGCUCUUACAAGGCGAAAUGGCCAAUGAAACUUAUAUUAAUGAUUUUACAAACCGCUUCUUACGAAUUAUCGAUUCAUUGGUGGGCCAGAAAUCACAGAAUGCAUCACAAAUACAGCGACACUGACGCGGAUCCGCAUAACCCAAAAAGAGGAUUCUUUUUCGCGCAUAUAGGAUGGUUUCUGGUUGAGAAGCAUCCAGAAUACAUAAAGAAACUCAGUAAGGUUGAUUUUACUGACCUCGAGCAAGAUCCUAUCGUAGCGUUUCAAAAGAGGUGGUACAUGUACCUGGCGCUGAUUUUUGCGUUUAUUCUGCCGCCAUUGAUACCUUAUUGGUGCUGGGGCGAAACGCUAUGGUGUGCAUGGUGUGCCAAUAUAGUUAGAUGCUUGCUUAUCAUGCAUAUUACCUUCUCGAUUAAUUCUUCGGCUCAUAGAUGGGGUACAAGAACAUAUACGAAAUCGAACUCGUCCUGCGACAACGUAUCCGUUGCCAUAGUGACGUUUGGUGAAGGCUGGCACAACUAUCAUCAUGCUUUCCCUUGGGACUAUCGGUCGAGUGAGUUCGGAAAUUAUAGUAUCAGUAUUUCUACAGCUUUCAUUAAUCUCUGCGCUUUUCUGGGAAUGGCUUACGACUUGAAGGCAGCGACCUCCGAUAUGGUAAAACAACGUAUUACUGAGAACAAAAGCGUGUCAAAAAAAUAUAAAUUGGAAGAGUAUUAAACUCUACAAGAUAUAUGACAAAAUACCUAUAUCGUGUACAUACACAUGGUGAACAUGGUAGCUCGU